AGGAAAUUAUGAACGAUCCCUCAACGCGUCCUCUGGGACAAGGCUUUUGGUUGGUUGCGAGCAGUGUCUGUUAUGAUGAUGUCAGCAGGGGGAAAAAAUACCAGUGGAGAUUAGCGUGGAUUCUUCUGCCUCUAGGAGCUGCUGCAGCUUCGGUUCCUGCAAUGCUUAUGUGGCAUUUCUGAGGAAAUCAUGAAAUUCGUGUUACUUGCAGCUGUUGUUUGGUGUAUUGUAAUACCACCAUCAGAGACCAGCAAGAGCUUUGAGGACAUCCGCUGCAAGUGUGUCUGCCCCCCAUAUAGGAAUAUCAGUGGACAGAUUUACAAGAAGAAUGUGUCGCAGAAGGACUGCAACUGCCUGCAUGUGGUGGAGCCGAUGCCUGUGCCGGGGAACGAUGUCGAGGCAUAUUGCCUGCUGUGUGAGUGCAAGUAUGAAGAGCGAAGCACCACCACCAUCAAGGUCAUCAUCAUCAUUUACCUCUCAGUGAUUGGAGCCCUUCUGCUCUACAUGGUCUUUCUGAUGGUGGUCGACCCUCUCAUCCGCAAGCCGGAUGCCUACACCCAGCCCCUGCACAAUGAAGAGGAAAGCGAGGACGCCCAUUCACUGGCAGCAAUACGCCCUUCGGCCGCCACCCGGGCAAACACAGUGUUGGAGAGAGUGGAGGGAGCCCAGCAACGGUGGAAGCGUCAGGUGCAGGAGCAGCGGAAGACGGUGUUUGAUCGACACAAGAUGCUCAGCUAGAUCUCACGGAAGGUUUGCAGUCCGGGAGGGAGCAGCAGCUGCUGGUUAGCUGGGCAGGUGAUUUCUGUUAGCCAGUGCAAACCCCGAGACCUGUAGCUUAAAACUUGUUGCACUUGCCCUUUCUAGUUUGUUUUGCUUGUUUCCCCUCCUUAGAAAGCAAGCUCAGUUGAAAGAAGCCACUGGCUGUGCAUCCCAAUCUUAUUCUAGCCCAUAAGGUGAUGUCUUCCCCAUCAUCUGA